CUUUCUUGCUUUUCGUCGGACAGCCGUCUGAGCACCUGCGUUCUCUGCUGUUUUGGGGCUGGUUGACGCAGAAAUGGACGUGCAAGCACUCGAACCGCGCAUUCGUGAGAUUCUGACGGCUCCUGGCGUCGACCUGGGUACGAUCAGCGCCAAACGCGUCCGAAAACAACUGCUGGAACAGGAUCCCAAUCUGACGGUCGAACAAUUGAAGGAAAACAAGGACGAGGUGGAUGCGCUGAUUGGUCGCAUUUAUGAAGAAGUGAGCGGACCUCGGGAGCAAGGCGGCGCUGACGACGAGGAAGAGGGGUCGUCAAAUGGUAAGAGGAAACAGGAAGAGGAAGAGGGGGCCGCGGACGAGGACGACGACGGAAACGACGAGACCGACGAGGAGACGUCGCGACCCAAGAAGAAGACGAAGAUGAGCAAGGAGGAACGCGAUGAUGCAGAGCUCGCAAGACAAUUGUCGAAUGAGCUUAAUGGCCGCUCCCGAAGCUCGAGGACAGGCAAGGCUAGUGGUCCGAAGAAGCCACGUAAGAGCAAGAAGAGCGCAGCUACGGUGGACUCCGACGACAGCGAAGGCGGGACGAAGAAAAAGAGGGGCGGUGGUGGUGCGAAGGGAGGGUUUGCAAAGGAGUAUGCUCUGAGUGAACCUCUGGCAGCUGUAGUGGAUGCCGAGAAAAUGUCGCGGCCGCAGCUGGUCAAGCAAUUGUGGGUGUAUAUCAAGGCGAACGACCUCCAGAACCCACAGAACAAGAAAGAAAUCAUGUGCGACGACAAGCUGCGAGCCGUGUUCAACACGGAUAAAAUCGACAUGUUCAAGAUGAACAAGGCUAUUGGCCAACAUUUGCAUGAGCCCUAGCGAGAUCCGACCAUACAUUGGUGCAUGAAGUUCAUUGUCCCUCCACAGGGGCUUACUUUAUUAUGUUCCUUUAUUUCUAAACGGAUCGGUUGCCGGAUCAUUGUACACUGCCAUGUUUCAGCAGUCGUCCAUCAUCAAUAGUGCAUCAUUUAUCGUAAGUGUCUGCAGUAAUCACUUUGACAGGCAUACGCCUG